AAAGCCGGAAGUAAAUACAGAACAAAACGAAAUAAUAUUUAAGCAAUGCAUCGCUCUAAUUCUUUUCAUUCCUCUUUCUAAGGGAUAAUUACAGACACACAUUUAUAGGACCUUAUGAAAACUGGACUUAUAUUAUUUUGCGCUUCUUUUAAAUAAUUACUAUCAAACAUUGAUGAAAAAUUGGAUAAACCCGACAUGUUUAGUAUUAUAGGAUUAACACUUGCUGUAGCAUGUUUAAAUGCUGGAUUUACGGACGCCUACAAACUACUAGACGGCGACGUAACAAUAGCAGGUUUGUUCGAUAUACAGUCUGAAGCUAAUGGUCAUUGUGGAGAUGUUAAUGUACCUUCUGUAAUGGUUGUGGAGGCAGUACGAAGGUACUUGACAAAAAUCAACGAAGAUGGAACUCUGCCAUUCAAACUGGGUUUGACUGAUUACAAGACAUGUGGGAAUACUGGUCUUGCAGCGCAGCAUGCUGUUGAAAUACUAUCAAGAUAUCGUCGGGCAAGGAUAACAAACUCGUCUGAAGACUUCAUAGUCGGAGUGAUUGGACCUAUGUUCAGUUCUGAAGCCCAAGUUGUAUCAUCCAUCCUUGGUUCACAGUUACCAUCUGACAGGUUUCUACAGAUAGGAUUUUCAUCUACAUCAACAGUGCUAAACGACAGAACAAAGUAUCCUAACUAUUAUAGAGUCAUUCCAGGGGAUAGCAUCCAGGUCGAUACAAUGGUUCAUCUGAUGACCUCUCUGGAAUGGAACCGUAUUGCAGUGAUAUAUGAAAAUGACACUUAUGGUCGAAUUGGUGCCGAAUCAUUAAAGGUCACUGCGCUGCGGAAUGAUAUAUGCAUCUCUCAGAUGUAUCCUAUCACCAUAGAUAGUUCAAGGCAUGUAGAUAUUGCCCAGAUUAAAUCUAUUAUUGAUAAACUUGUUGUUAAGUCACCGAGCGUGCAAGGAGCUGUUUACCUUGGCGGACAGGCAGUGGCCAGAAGUAUUUUUCAGAUUAUAAAUAAUCUUCAGUUCACUGAAGUACCUAUAUUUAUUAUGUCGGAAUCGACACAGCUGCAGUUAGAUGCUUUUCAGUCAUUAGAUGGAACAAUACUCUCGGACUCGAAAGGAACUCUUUCAGUUUCGACGCCAUAUUCUGAAGACAAUGACCUAAAAGACUACUGGAAUUCCUUAUUUACAGAUAUUGAAAAGUUAGGAAACGCAUCUUUAGGAAAUCCAUAUCUUAAAGAUGUAUUCAAAGCUUAUAGCGGAUGUAACGUCAGAGAUGACACCUGUACAGCACUGACAGACGCGCAAAUAAAUGAGAAAUCUCCAAAGCAACCUGUGUAUGUGAAAUAUGCGAUUUUUGCAGCGCAUACCUUAGUAGAAGCAUUGAGGAAAGUCUCAGAAACAAUAUGCCAAGGCAAAUGUUCUUCUGUACAAGACUUCAAGAAAAACUUCGGACCAAGUAAAGCGCUAAUGGAAAUGGACACUCUUUCUGUAACUUACAAUGGUCUAACUGUUUCAUUUACGAAGGAUUCAGCAAAUGCGCAACUUGGACAGAACCAAAAGGAGUAUGAAGUUUAUAACCUCAAGAAGGUUCAACCUAGUGGAAAGUUUGAGUUUGUCAAUGUUGGCUAUAUGUCUAACGGAGAGCUUACCCUUGACACUAACCAAAUCAAAGAUUACUAUUCCGAUGGAACAGAGAGAAGUUUUCCGAAUGUAAGGAAGGGACAGUGCCCCGUUACACAAGUUUGUACUGAAUGUAUACAUAGUGAUAUGACUGAAGUUGAUUUUCACAUACCUGGAGACUUCUAUGUCGUAGGAAUUGUGUCGAUCAACAAUCGUGCGAUCCCAGGUCCACAGGGUUGCGGGAAAGUACGAACACGACACGGAUAUCAAAUGUAUCUCACUUUAGAGUUUAGUCUAAAGGAGUUUAUGACAAGGAGUUGGUACACUCAGUUCAACACAAAGUUUGCUGGACAUACUGUAGGAAUUAUCGUUAUCAACAGCUGCAACAAUGCUUUGGAGGUAGUCCGUAAAAUCCUAAAUCUGCAUUCCAGUGGGUUAAAGUUACCGAACGGUGAAAAGCUUGAUGUAACAAAUCGUAUAUUAGGUUAUGUUGGCGGACAAUCCACAGAUGUAAGCGCACCAGCUGCCGAGCAACUUACAAAGCUUGAGUUUGUACAGAUAAGCUACUCGUCUACAAAUCCUGUCCUCAGCAACAAAGACCUGUACCCAUACUUCUUACGAAUUAUUACACCUGAUAAUGUACAAGCAAAGGCAAUGAUAGACAUUGUCAAAGAACUAGGCGGGGAAUAUAUACAGAUAGUAUACAGUGAAGGGGCAUAUGGAGAAGGUGGUCGUGAUGCCGUUGUCGCCGCCGCUGCUGAAGCCCUUAUUUGUAUAGCUCAGGAGAUUCUGGUCACGGAAAAAGAUGUAUAUUAUGAACACUAUGAAACACUCCGAAGAAAACCGCACGCUAAACUUGUGAUAGUGUUUUUACGUUCUCACGUUGUAAAAUCUUUUAUGCGUGAUAUGAAUACAGAAAUGAAACGGGGAGAAUUUCAGUUCAUCGGCUCUGAAGCUUGGGGGAAGAAUACGGACAUACUGCAAUACGAUAUCAAUAAAGGUUCCAUCACAGUAGCUGUUGAAAUGGAUAAAAAUACCUAUUUGGAAGAAUACCUUAAAGUUCAAGAACCAACACAUAACGCAUCAGACCCAUGGCUUGAAGAGUAUAUUCAAAAUAGGCAAGACUGCUACUUUGAUUGGAGCUACGACAAAAAGUUCAGCAGAAAAUGCGUGGAUAAUAUUUUACCUGUCUCAGACGUGGAUUUCGAAUCAGACCCUUGGUGCAUCUUUGUAUUCAACACAAUGAUUUCGUUUCUGAAAGGUGCUGCUACCUUCUACCAGCAGACAUGCGGGGCAUCCUCGAGCAAAGAGUUAUGUGAAGACUUUGUAUCCAACCCAAACAAUUUUGUUAAAGUGCUCAAAAAUGUCAAGAUGAACAUAUAUGGAACUGGAGACAUUUUGAUCUAUGAUAGUCGUGGAGAUGGCCUCAUGGGAUACAAAGUUUACAAUAUAAAAGAUACUGCAGACAGAACCUCGAGAACUUACACUCCGGUUGGUUCUUAUAGUCUUAAUGGUGGUCUACAAUUUGCGAAGAACGAAAUAGAUUACCCGACUGACGAAAAGACUUUGUCCACUUGUCCGAGUGAAAAAGCUUGCCAGGGAUGUCAACCUGCACCGCCUACCACAGAACCAACAGCAAAAAAAUCAUCGGAUUCGACUGUUAUAGCACUUGGGGCAGUGAUUGGAGUUUGUUGCUUGAUCAUUCUGAUAUUGAUUAUAGUUAUUAUAGUAUUCAGAAAACGUAGUAGUAAAAGGCAAACAGAUAGUACAUAUCUCACACCUACUAGUGUGCAACAAGGAAUGCAAAAGGAUAUGAUGUUUAUAGGAGGUGAAGAAAGGCAAAUUGGAGAAGGUGCGCACACUAGCGAUGGGAGUGAUUUUAACUCCUCCAUAAGUGAUGAAAAGUUUUGACAACUGAACAAUAUAAAUGUGUUGAGAUGAAAUCAGCAAGUGUACACUGGUUAUUAUAAAACAAGUUUCAUUCGGGUCUUUUUGCCUAUAUUGCACUCCAGGGUUCCCCGCCCCCUCUCUCUCCAACUCCUCUGUUCUCUACUGCCUCCUAAAAAAUUUGUUCAAAUACUUUGAAGGAAAUCACCAAUAAAUGUUUUGCAAUUUCAACCUGUAUUUUUUAAUAGAUGAGAAGGUCGCGGUGUUGCCGUAACGCGAUGAAGAUUUUACUACGACACACUGCAGAACAAACCCAAACAUCCAGUUCAGUAACAGUGCAUGCUAACGUAUGUGCUGCCAUUUACACACUUGGCAUUUAGUAGUUUGGCAUGUCAUCAAAGACUUUUGCGCGCCUCCAUCGUUUUUUCAACACUGAACAGAUACUUUCAAAGACCAAUAAAGUUUGCCUCUGAGUAAAAUAUAAUUUGAUCGUACAUACUAAGCUUACUAUUUGCUAAAAGUCCAGUGUAAAUGCAGUUUGGUACCGAGCAUUGUUAGAAAACUGAACAUGUGGUUGUGUGAUUUUCAGUGUGCCGUAAUAUAAAUCUCCAUUUCUUGUAUUGGAUACAUAAGGGAAAUACCAGUCAUUCGUUUAAACAUUAAUACUAGUGAUUUCCUUUAUUUUUCCUAUUUUUGAUGUGGUAGGAUUUCUUUGGUGGGGGAUUGGGUUGGAGAUUGGGUUGGUGCUGAGGGCGCACUAUUAGCAAAAAGACGAGCACUUGUGGUUACAUAGAAUUAGUGUCAGGCAAAUAAUAUUUUUGCCUCCGUCUCUGAAAAGAGUUCUGUAAAAGCCAUAAUUCUUUUAUUGGGAUGAAUUGGUAGUUACAUUGAAAAAGUUUUGCUGUUUUACUUUGAUUGAAAGAUAACAUUUUUUUCAAAAACAUAUUUUCAGAAACGUUACUUUAAACAACCUUAUCAAGAUCUAUGCGAAAGACGUUAGAAAGAAGAUACUUAUUUGACAUUAUAUUUUAUAUAUUUAGAGAGAGUUAUGUGUACUUAAACUUUUUAAUAUGAUAUAACCGUUCCAAAACUCUCCACGCAGAAUACAAGGGAAGAAAAAUAUCUAAAUGCGGUACAAAUAAAUCCGCAAUACAGAUAAUUAAAACGACGCCAUGCUCAUAUUUAAUUGAUUUAUUGCAACGCCUAGAUAAAAACAUGUGCUUUCGUACCAAAAACUCUUAGUUUGACGCAAUGUUCUGUUCCAGUCACUUUUUUAUGAUUUAGCUAUGCAACUCAAUCACUAUUUCAACUAAAUGGAAAGUUGACGAUCCUUCUUCUCAUUAUUUUUGUUUUGCAAAGUGAAGCUGAAAACAGAUAUGAACAGAAUUUACGUGUACAACAGAGUGUAACCUAUAAAGUGUAUUAAUUCAGUCUGGAUAUGAUUAUUGGUAUGUUGUUAUUGAAAACAUAGUCUAAAAAAGAUUGGCAUUUUUGUAGAGGUUUCGCUCAUAUAUUAUAAAAUACAUUGUUUAUUAUUUGUAAAGCUUUAUAUUACUUUUUGUAAAUAUUUUGCGACGGCAUUGAUUCAGAACUUAUUUUAUGAAUGUGAAAUCGGGUAAAACCGUUUUGUCUCAAUAUUAUAGUAUUGUUAGAUUUCUCUGUAUGUGCCUAUCACUACUAUCGUUCACUAAAUCAUCAGCACGAGUCACAUUUACAUAGUUGUAUAUAUACAUCAUGUCAGUUUAUACCACUGAUGCUGUUCAUGUACAUGUAUUUAUGUUAUAUUUGCAUUAAUUUACAUGUUGUAAACUCAUAGGCAUAUUGCCUUUUGUUUGAAUAAUCUAUCUACCUAUCUAUCUAGCUAGCAUCUCGAAAUUUUCAUUCCUCAAUGAAAUCAAAGUACUUAAAGAUGCAGAAUAAAGAUUCACUUGAACGAUUAUUUUGAAGGCAGUUGUGUUUAAAACUUCGGCGAAACGUAUUAAAUUAAAUUGUAUGGAUACAUUUUUCGUAAAUAUCAAACAAUAGUUAUUAUUGUUUUGUAUUUUGUCCUGUUUUUCAUGUUUUUAUUAAUUGAAUGUACCACUGAUUGUGAAAGUCAUAUAAUACAAAAUACAGAAAUACAGACUAUCUAAAGUACAUGAGUAUGUCUACAAUUUAACAUGGUGGAUACAGAAAUUUCCAUGACCACGAUUCUUAUUAUAGUAGAUACUUGGGAGUAAAUAUAUUCAUUUAGACUAAGUAAUAAAUGUGAAAAAAAGUC